AUGAGCAGGAAGCGCGCACACAGGCGUGCGAAGAGACGCGCGGAGCAAGCCGGAGGCACCUGGUACAGAGGUAGUUGGCACAGUGCCGUUGCACUGGGCGUUGCACCGACCACCGGACGACCAAAUCAGCCAACUGCUACUGUGAAAUCACCGCCUUGUGGCCGAGCUCGACCGCGACUUAAAGUGAUGAGCUACAACAUCGGGGGAUUCACAUCGGAGGUCUAUGACACCUUCGUGGACUGGCUGGAUACAAGAUGCCAGGCGGAUUUAGUCCUCGUACAGGAGACUCACUGGGGACUUGGCAAAGAGGAACGAAGAUGGCUGCUGCCUAACUGGCUGGUGAUUUCGUCGCCAAAUGCUGGCAACCGCUACAGUGGAGUGGCGGUCUUUGCCCGUCGCAGUGUGUUUGAAGACAACCAGAUGAGCCAUGUCAUAUGGAUUCCUGGGCGACUGCUGCAUGUUCGCUACGACUCUCCACGAGCGAAACUAGACAUUGUCGUGGGCUAUCAAACAGUGCGACAGAAGGCAAGCGAUGUCAAAACACAACAACGACGGCACGCUUUCUGGACCAAACUUGGGCUGCUACUUCAGGGCAUACCUGCCCGGAACGUCCUGGUUCUGGGAGCCGACCUCAACACGGCCUGUCGACCUUUACCCGGGCUGAAUGGUCGUGGUGUUCUGAAAGCAACCAGGAGUCCCGAUGAAGAACUGGAGGAGCUACAGAGAGUGAGUCAGUUGGUCACCCUGAACACAUGGGGUAGGGCCAAUCCUGGCAAAAGCCGCACGUUUGAGAAUGGCGAGACUGCCUCGCAGAUAGACUUCGUCUGCACGUGGAGACAUUUUGCGGAUACGGAGGCCAGGCAAUCUUGCCCCCUGGCACUUGAUCUGGUGCCUUGGCGUAACGGACCGAAACAUUUUCCGGUGAUGGCUAGCAUUCCUUGGAUUCAGGGCUGGAAGCUUCGGGCUAAGCGAGUGACUAAGCCAGGGAUCUCUAAGAGGGAUCUACUGCAAGCAAUCCAGCACCAACAUCCCUCUGCAAGUGAACUGCGUGUACAUCUGACCUCAGCGAUUGUGGAGCUUGGACCAAAUGGCACGAUUGAGGAGCUCAACACCAAAGUGCUGCCUGUCUGCCAGCGCCUGUUCCCGUCGCGACGGAAGCCGACGAGGCACGCACAGUCGUCAGCUGAUAAGCAGGUCAAACAAUGCAUAGAUGACAUGUGGCAUGCGCACUCUCGCCUGGCGGUCCCUGGACCGCGCAUGUCCUUUAUGCGCUGUGCUGAGGUGGUACGCAGGAGGGCCACGUUUCAAGCGGCUAGCAAAGCACUGAAAGCAGCCAGUAAGAUGAAGCGUCGAGAAUGGUUCGAUGCUCAACUAGAAAGGGCGGAACAUGCUGCCUCCAGGCAUGACUUGAGUGCGGUGUAUGCUGUAAUCAAUAUCCUUGCUCCCAAACGGAAAGUUGAUAAAGUCCGCAUCCGUUCUGAACAAGGGCAUCUUCUUAGUGUUGAGCAAGAAUUUCGCGAUAUCUACAGCUACUUUCAAACUGCCUUUAGUCGUGAAGUGGAGUACAGCCUGCCAGACUGUCCUGCGCCGCUAGUCUUUUCCGAGGAAGAGAUAUGGCAGGCUAUUCGAGGUCUCAAAGGAGGGAAAGCCGUACCAUCUAGUAGUCUGCCUGCGGAUGUUUGGAAAAUGGCACCGGUAGAGCUGUCAAAUCUGUGCAUGGGCAUCUUCAACCGAAGCUCUACGGAAGGAAACAGGUUCCCCUCAGAGACCACGGACUGCCAGCUCACGCUUCUGCCGAAGCCGGGCAAACAAAGCCGUCGUCCCAAAGACCUUAGGCCCCUUGGAAUCCAAGACCCCAGCAGCAAGGUUCUUGCCAAUGUCCUUAAGGCUAGGGUUCUAGAGGAGAUAGGCCCCUUCCUUUUAGAAAGGCCCCAGUUUGCCUACUGCCCAGGGAAAGCCAUAGAUGGUGCUCUUAGUCGGGUAGCUGCGCAUUGCACCAGAGUCAGGGAACGACUGCAGCAGGGAUCUCUAAGCGUGCAUGCCCGCCGGGAAGGCCAGCGGACUAGUGGUUCCUUUGGGGGUCUUAUGCUUAGUCUUGACAUGAGUCGUGCAUUUGAUGAGAUACCUAGGCGAAUGCUGGAAAAAGCUUUAGUGCACGCCGGCCUUUCUGAUGAACUGUGCCACGCCAUUUUGUCUUUGCAUGAACAGUGCAAGUACGAGGUCCGUCAUGAAGCCUACACAGGGGUAUUCGACAUGAAACGCGGAGUCAGACAGGGGUGCUCACUCGCACCCCUGCUGUUCGCUGUCUUCAGCUGCUGGAUCUACGACGUGAUUACCCUUCAUACGGAUUCGUGCUGGGCCGACCGGCUCAUGACUCUGUUUGCAGAUGAUAGCCACCUUGCCUUUGAAAUUGAAACCCUAGAGGACCUCAUUAGUGCCCAGCGAAUCAUUAGGACGGUGUUUAAGGUUCUUAAGGAUUCGGGGAUGCAGCUUAAUCCCAGUAAAUCUCGGGUAGUCUUGGGUCUCAGAGGCAGUGCGGCUCGCAGGUGGAUCCGCAAACACACCUGCUAUGUGGACGGCUCACCCGUCUUGAGUCUGGGCACGCCUGCGGAGCCUCUGUUAAUCCCCCAGGUUCCCUCUAUGGUUUAUCUAGGCAUAGUGGUGUCCUAUACCCGAUUCGAGAUGCAAACCCUCGCACAUCGCAUUCAGGCUGCAAUGCAUAACCGACAGAGGCUCCUCAAACUGUUGCACAGCAAAAGGAUUGCCGUCAAGAGUCGCGUCAGACUCUAUGCUGCCUGCAUCCGCAGUACGCUCUUCUAUGGGCUACAUGCAGUAGGCCUGCCCGAGGAUGUCCUGAGACGCGUGGAUGCCUUCGACUCUAGAUCCUUGCGAGCUAUCUCUAACUCCCCGGCCCACCUGACACAUGAGACUACAAUUCAUCUCCGGAAGCGCCUCGGGAUCCAAUCGCCACGGGACUAUUUUCUUGGGCUGCUCCAGCGACGUGUGCAGAGAAGCGGCGAUCCUGCCAGUAGGGAAAGAUUUCAGGCAAUACUUCUUAUGCUAGAGCAAACGGAUCUGCCGUCAGCCGCCGUGUCGGAGGAGGUCCCCCUCAUGGAGAGUGGUGGAGUCGCCUGUCGAGUGUGCGGUCAAAUUUUUAUUAACAGCCGUAUCAUGCGCUCGCACAAAGCUAGGAAGCACAAACUCCCAGCCCAGCCUUCCCCUAGUCCACCCACCGCAACUGCACCGCAGGACCCGCCUCACAAGCCUAGUGGAGAAGGAGUACUCGCAGCUACAACGUACAAUCUCUAUGCCACAGACGGGAUGCCCACGUGUAGACUGUGCGGAGCCACGUUCACCAGAGUGGAGGGUCUCAAGAAGCACAUCAAUAGGGGGUGUAAGGUUCUGGACACUCUGCCAGUUGCCUCCGAACAGACUGCAUUAGGAGAGGACCCCACCCAAGUAGAGGUCAAGGUAGCCUCUGCUGGGGAGGAGCUCGGGGAAACACAGGUCCCCACUCCUCACGGGGUCCAUCCGGCCGUUAUACCGGACGCGGAUCGGCCGUUGCUGCAAGUCCUGGAAUUUCAGCAAGCGCUUGAACAGGGAUGGCGUAGUGUGCUUCAAAAGCCCUCCUUCUGCUCCUCGCUGAGUCAGUACUGUGCAGUCUGCCAUCAAUGGAUCUCCACAGUGGGCCCGGGAUGCAAACAGCACUAUCGCACCAUGCAUGCACAAGAGUACGCUCUCGCUGCUGAUGCUGUGGCUCGUGCCUCCAGCCUUGGCCUAGUACCUGUGAGCCCCUGCCGCUAUUGCGGCCGCAAGUGCCUUGACCCUCGAAAGCAUCUUAAAGGCUGUGUGCCAGUCUUUCAGGCCUCCCUUGCUGGGCUUGUACAUGCCUCGCGACCCAAGGAGGACGAGAAGGAGAAGCGAGCAGCGGUCUCCAGGCAGGAGCUGAUGGCGGUCUUUGGAGCCAAACCAACCGAAGCCGAGAGGGACACCAAGGCGGCGGAGGGCCAGGAGGAAGAGGAUCGGAGGCGGAUGGAGAGCUCAGAAGCGGCACUGGGAGCAGGACAAGAACAAGCAAAGGUCCCAAUCACCCAGAUCGACCAAAAGCUGCAGCACUGGGUCACCACGAUGACCAGGGCGAUGCUCCGCCACGAGUCGGACCUUGCCCUUUACAGGGCAGAUACGGGCUUUGUGAUAUUCGUCGAUACGGGCGCCCACUCUUGCUUGCAGCAGCUCAAGGAUGCCAGCGCACGCUGGCAGGAGAUGUACACGCAAGGGAAGGUGACCAGUUCCUUGAAGCACUUCCUCAUGCCCCGCAUCUUCAAGACCCUUCGAGAGUCCAUGGAGGCCCUGCAAACGGACGAUGCGAAAGCCGCCCGGUGCAAGGAGGCGGGAUGGGUCAUCGAGGGCACCACAGCCAUGAACCCAGCGUGGAAAUAUCAUGUCUGGGAUCCGCAGCAGAAAAAGGAGAUCCAGGGGCCCACCGAUCCGAGAACUCACAUGGAGAUCUUGCAGGACCUGGAUGUGCUCCAGACUCGCCUGAUGGAGGAAGGGGUGCUGUUGCAGUUCAAGACCACAAAGGACCUCGAGACCCCGGACGCCGAGGUGAUCCCCUUCCUGGCUACCAUCAGCCUCAGGUCGCAGGCUGCGCAGGAGACCCACUUCAUCCUCUCGAGACUGGUCGGCUGCGCCUGCUGCAAACUGGUGGGGAUCCGCAUCAAGCCCCAGCGCGGCAAUCGCACGCAGAUGAGCCGCCAGGUGGAACAGGCAUACCUGGCGGUGGAUUUCUGCGAGUGGAGCAAUCGGGACCCGUGGUCCCGAGGACGGGCCUAG